CACUGCUGGGCUGCACUGAUGGGCACUGGUGGGUGGCACUGGUGGGCACAGAUGGACACCAUUUUCUCUGGUCACAAGCAGGGGCGGACUGACAGCUCAUGGGGCCCCCGGGGAAUAGUGGAUCAUGGGGCCCCUGUGUCCUUCCCCAAACUCAAAAAAGCCUAUGAAAAAGGUACCAGGGGCAUCUCAUAGGGCCCCCUACUGACCCCGGGCCCUUGGGCAGUGCCCGAGUUUCCAAAUGGUCAGUCCGCCCCUG